AAAAAGAAAUGAAUGUCCACCAUUUUGAGGGUUAAAUAAUAACCCUCUGGCCCCACGUGCAAGCACGUGGGCAAUCAAUCGCAUUGGAUAGAAAAUGGUUUCAGUCCUCAGCCAAGAACUGAUUUUCCAAGCAGUCAAAUCUUUAGCUCCUCCUCUUUCUUACGAGGGGCACAAGGGACAGUCUGGACGGAUAGGACUCAUCGGCGGAUCUAAAGAAUACACAGGUGCCCCUUAUUUUGCUGCUAUUACAGCACUGAGAAUUGGCGCCGAUCUAGCUCAUGUUUUCUGUCCUCCUGAGGCAGCCCCUGUAAUCAAGUCGUACAGUCCAGAACUAAUUGUACAUCCUUUACUGACUGAAGACACACCACUCUCUGUUGAAAGUAUAUCCCCAUGGUUGCCACGGUUGCACUCAAUAGUGAUUGGUCCCGGUUUAGGGAGGGAUAACGCAAUACUGAGAACUGUUAAAGAGUUGCUCAAAUUAGCUAAAGAACAAGAAAAGAACAUAAUCAUAGAUGCAGACGGCCUUUAUCUGAUCACGAAUGACCCUCAACCUAUUAAAGGAUACCCUAAUUGUAUUUUAACUCCAAAUAAAAUCGAGUUUGAUCGACUUUAUCAUAAAGUGGUACGUAUUCGAUCUUAUUUUUGUAUUAUUGGUACAUUCCAAUUUCAGUUCUCCUCCCCACCAUCUGGUUCUCAGUAUCAGACAGAAACAAUGGAUUUAGCUCGUGCUUUGGGCGGAGUCACGAUAGUCCGUAAAGGUUUACAUGACGUGAUCAGUAAUGGACAACAAGUCCUGUCAUGUGAAGAGGAAGGGAGUCCAUGUAGAAAAGGCGGUCAAGGUGAUCUGCUCUCAGGAUGUCUGGGAGUGUGUUCCUAUUGGGCACAAUUGGCUAAAGAGCAUAAUCGAUUGACUCUUAAAGAGACUGAAUUGCCACUUACUCUGCUAGCCUCUUAUACCAGCUGUUUGAUUGUUAAAAAGUGCGCCAGACUCACUUUUAAGAGGCUAGGAAGGUCUCUCCUGGCUUGUGACAUGGUUGAUAAUGUUGGAGGAGUAUCAUGUGAACUUUUUGAUCAGUAGAACCAUAACACUUGUCUCUUCCUUUGUUUAUCUCUCUCUCUCAUUCUCCCUCUCUCCCUUUCCCUCUCUUUAAUUGAAUGUACUAAUUUGAUUAUACCUUAUAAUUAUGGUCUCCUCUGAAUCCCAAAGGACAUCUUAA